CGCAACCAUCACCGCCGCGGCCUCUAUUUCUCCCCCAUCCCCCCUCGCAUGCCCCGCUCGCCGCCGCUACCUCCUCCCGCCCCUAGGUGACGGUGACUCACUGACUCCCUACUUCCGUCGCCCAAAUUUCUAUCUCACUAUCUCCGCCGCGAGAUCUCCGGCUGCCCGCGCCAUGGUCGCCGCCUCCGGCCUCGCGCUGCCGCGGGUGUCCGCACCAUGCCCGGUGCGCACGCGUGGUGGCCUCCGCCCCGCCUUCCUCCGAGUCGCGCAGCCCGUGACGCUGCCACCGCCCCAGCUCCGGUGCUGCGCGUCCACCGUCGACGAUGGCGUGGUGUCCGCUGCGGCUUCCAAGCCCCGCCUCCCCAGGGUGGUUGGUAUGGGUUCAAAGCUCGUUGGAUGUGGAUCAGCCAUCCCAACACUUAGCGUUUCAAAUGAUGACCUUUCGAAGAUAGUUGAAACAUCAGAUGAAUGGAUUGCGGCUCGAACUGGGAUUCGUAACAGGCGAGUUCUUUCAGGAGAUGAAACAUUGCGGGGACUCUCGAUACAAGCAGCUCAAAGGGCACUUGAGAUGGCCGGAGUAAAAGCUGAAGAUGUCGACCUCGUUCUUCUUUGUACAUCUACUCCAGAUGAUCUGUUUGGAGGUGCUGCUCAGGUGCUGUCCGAAGUGGGGUGCACAAAAGCUUUUGGAUUUGAUAUUACAGCUGCUUGUAGUGGGUUUUUAGUCGGCUUAAUCACAGCUACUCGCUUUAUCAAAGGCGGAGGUUUUCAGAAUGUCUUAGUAAUUGGUGCAGAUGCUCUUUCAAAAUACGUGGAUUGGACAGACAGAGGUACAUGCAUUCUUUUUGGUGAUGCUGCUGGUGCUGUGUUGGUACAGGCAUGCAGUGCUGAUGAAGAUGGCAUGCUUGGUUUUUGUGUUCAAAGUGAUGGCAAUGGACAAAAGCACCUAAGUGCCAUAGCGGCUAAUGACGAGUCUAUCUUGUCCAAUACCAAUGGUGUUCCAGGAUUUCCGCCAAAGAAGGCAACCUACUCAUGCAUUCAAAUGAACGGAAAGGAAGUUUUUCGCUUUGCUGUCCGAUGCGUGCCACAGUCCAUUGAGAAGGCACUCCAAGAAGCUGGUUUGCCUGCCUCCAGUAUCGACUGGUUGUUGUUACAUCAAGCUAAUCAGCGUAUUAUUGAUGCUGCUGCCAGUAGAUUAGAUAUCCCAUCCGACAAGGUUAUUUCAAAUCUUGCUAAUUACGGCAAUACCAGUGCGGCAUCCAUCCCAUUAGCAUUGGAUGAGGCUGUUCGCAGUGGCAAGGUGAAGACUGGUGAUAUUAUUGCCGCAUCAGGUUUUGGCGCUGGACUUACCUGGGGUUCAGCUAUUGUCAAAUGGGGCUAAUUAUUCUACGUGAGCCAUAACAACAUCAAUGAGAUCUUCAUAGGCCUUGGGGACCUACAUCUAUUUGGUCUCUCCCCCCUUCCACCCAUUUUCUGUGCAACAUUUUUCUAUCGCAUGUGUCGGUCUUCCUUGCACAUGAAAAUCUAGUGCCAUUUUACCGUAUUCCUUUGGCUCAUUACACAACUGAGAGUAGAUUGGUGGAUGAAAAUGGUUGAAUUUUGCAUCGAGGAUGAUUGUGGUGGUACUAAAGAUGAGAUUACACUGUAAAGUUAAUGAGCCUUUUUGUCAGGGAAUUUUACUGAAUAAGCAUGUACAAGGAGAGGUGGGCCGUGGACAUAUGCUGUAGGACAAUUCUUAGU